GCGAACAUGACGUAGCGCUGUGACGUCUGUUCCGCCGUCCGCCUCGAGCUUGUGUUUACAGUCAGAUUUGGCGGGAGAAGAUUAGACGCUCCGCUUUCGGUUUGGAACGCGUUCUAUUGCGAGCCGCGUGCGUCAAUGGCGGCGACUGCGUCUGCAGCUCCCGCGGAGUCGGAGUUGGACCGCAGCGGAGCUGAGGACGAGCCCCGAAGCGCCGAACCGGAGGAGGACGGAGGAAACGGGCAAGCUGGGCCCACCGCGGCCGCGCAGCAGCACCGUCUCGCCAAGCUACCGCUGUCGCGCAUCAAAACCCUGAUGAAAGCCGAUCCGGAUGUGAGUCUGGCCAGUCAAGAGUCUGUGUUCAUCAUAGCUAAAGCCACGGAGCUUUUUGUUGAAAUGAUCGCCAAGGACGCUCUUGUUUAUGCACAACAGGGAAAGAGAAAAACCCUUCAACGCAAAGACUUGGACAAUGCUAUUGAAGCAAUAGAUGAGUUUGCGUUUUUGGAAGGAACCCUGGACUGACAGAAAAGGUGCAUAAAUAUGAAUAUAAAGACUGUCAACAAGUUCUGAAUUUGCAUUUGAGAACUCAAAAGAGAGGAAAAAUGGCUGGAACGUGGGUUUUUUUUUUUUCUCCAUUGUGAUGUUGGUAAUGCUGGUAAUUAGCCGUUUGAUAAAAAUGGAGAGUUGUCUAGGUUGUAAAGUGACAAUUGUAUUUUUCAAUAUUCUGGGAUUCUUAUAACAAUGUUGAGUGUUUAAAUAAAGUAAAGUUCUUUUAUCUUU